UCCACCCGGAGACCCGAUUUGAGUUUAUUCGGCAGAAGCUUUCUAAUCAGAGCUACAAAAGUAUUAGUUGAGACUGGGCUAUAAUAUUAAAGGGUGGAACACAGAAAACGGAACUACAUCUCCAUCUUCAGAUGUCCUUUUAAUAUCAGGAGAAAUAACCAUUUGCCAUGAUCUAGAUUUACUUUGCUAUGUGUCGUAUUGGAAUAUCUCCCUGUCAGGAUCAAGACGGAUAUUAGUGCAUAGAAAGAUGUACCCCGAUUUGCUGACAGUUGCCCAGAGAGAUCAGUGUUUGAAAGGCCCUGCAGUGACCCCUUGAGAAGGUCCCCUGUGAACUCCCAUUAGAGGUCUUGAAGAACAUUGGGAGUCCCAGCCUCACUACAGAUGAGCUUUGACAGCACGACAAAGGGAUGUCGCAGGUGUUUCUCCUAACCAUGCUAGCAUUCUCAGCCAGUCAGGGAUUUUCAGCUAAACCCAUUGAGCUUCUGGUAGAGAAUUGGGAAAGCUACAAGGAAGAGUGUGCCAGAAACAUCAGCAGGGAGCCUGUCUCCACAGAACUAGUGUGCAACCGUACCUUUGAUAAAUAUGCAUGUUGGCCUGAUGGGUCUCCAAACACAACAGUCAAUGUCUCCUGCCCGUGGUAUUUGCCAUGGUAUGACAAAGUCCAAACAGGAUUCGUGUCACAGAGGUGUGGCCCAGACGGGGUGUGGGUCAUGAAGGACAAUGGGGAGCCCUGGAGGGACACGACACAGUGUGAUGACGAGGAGCAGGAUUGGCUUGGGAAGACGCUGAAGAGUUUCAAUAUCAUGUACACAGUGGGCUACUCUGUGUCGCUGGGUGCUCUGACUUUAGCACUGGGGAUUCUCAUAGUUUUCAGGAAGUUGCACUGCAUGAGGAACUACAUCCACAUGAACCUGUUUGUUUCGUUCAUCCUGCGCGCCAUGUCAAUCCUCAUCAAGGACAUGCUAUUCCGAUCAUGGGUGUAUGGCAACAAACUCCAUGAAGACUUCAAGAUCCAGCUCUGGUUCAAUGAUGAGGCUGCGGUCGGGUGCAGAGCUGCCCUGGUGCUGAUGCAGUACAGCGUUGUGGCCAAUUACACCUGGCUGCUGGUCGAAGGCAUCUACCUACAUAACCUGCUGGUCAUCACUGUCUUCACAGAGAAGAGCUACUUCAAUAUUUAUUUAUGUAUAGGCUGGGGAGCACCCCUUUUAUUUGUUGUGCCCUGGAUCGUUGUUAAAUACUUGUUUGAAAACACGCAGUGCUGGGAACAAAAUGUGAACAUGGGGUUCUGGUGGAUCAUUCGGUCCCCAAUAAUAUUCUCUAUCUUGAUCAAUUUCUUAAUUUUCAUCCGAAUAAUAGAAAUUCUUGUGUCAAAGCUAAGGGCCCACCAAAUGCGAUACACGGAUUACAAAUUCCGACUGGCCAAGUCAACACUGAUCCUGAUCCCAUUGCUGGGGAUCCACGAGGUGGUGUUCGCCUUCGUGAUGGACGAGCACGCCAAGGGCACACUGCGUCAUGUCAAGCUCUUCUUUGAGCUGUUCUUCAGCUCCUUCCAGGGCUUGCUGGUUGCUAUCUUGUACUGUUUUGUUAAUAAAGAGGUGCAGUCGGAGCUUCUGAAGAAGUGGAAGCACUGGAAGCUGGGCCAGAUUAUCGAAGAGGAGUACCGGCACACCUACAGCCAACCGUCACAUGGUAAGAAUGGCAACAGUGUACCCGCCCUACCUGCCAGUGAGAAACACAAGCUGGUGAGCAGCUACCAAAAUGGCACGGACAAGACCAAGAACAGCCUGCAGGCUCCCACACAGAAUAACCAAGGGAGCUGCAGCAGCAUGGUCACUGAGCAGAUCAGCCUGGCUGAGAAAAUGCACUGCUGCGAGUUUCCUCAGGAGAACGCCGACAGCAACUUCGGACCUGCCGCUGAGGUGGGGAGCAAAACUUCCAAGAGUAAAUAAAAAAACAAUUCAAAUAGCUGAGGGCCUGGCUGGGGCCUGUAUGCUGUAAGCAAGCCUCAGUUUCCUGGCUGGGAAAAUUAAGGUAUUCUUGCCUUUUGAAGACGGCUUUUCAGAAUUAAGUGUUAACAAUGUGUUGUCGAACUGCCUGCAACAAUCGAGGAUUCAACAAGAAGCCGAAUUGAGGAAAACCAUGGCUUUGCAGUGUUGACUAAGAACUGAAACAAUGUAAAUUAAUAAUAAUGCUUUUAGCAGCAGCUAUCAGAUGGUGACAGAAGUUUCACGAGUUGCAAGAGGACCCAGCUUUUUUUUUUGUUUGUUUGUGGUAAAACACUUAGGCUGCCUGCUCGACUAUGGCCAUCAGAACUCUGUUCAUAGUUUAACCUAUGAGGUACAGAUAGGUGCAGCAAAAAUUGGUAAGUCUUAUGAAAUCUUAUCAGAUUUAGGGCUACUGUACAUUAAGGAGAGGACUACAUAUGUUUAAUAGUGGUUAUUAAUUGCCACAGUUUCCAGUUUUUGUACAGUAUGCUUCCUUAAUUGCAUACUAUUGUGGUGUUGCCUUCGCAACAUUGCUUUCUACAGUAUUAUUUUUCAGAUGUGAAAAAGGGAAGAAGGAAGAGAGAGCACAGAGCAGACAAGCACAAUGGUAAUCCACAUAUCAACCAAUAUGAAGACUGUCUUCAAUGAAGUCUAUAUCUUUCUGUAAAAGCCCUUGGAAAUUCGUCUAAGCCAAUAUCAUUCAAUUGAAUGAUUUUUUCCUCUCAGCCGGAGAGAAGAUAACUGCAUGUGCUGAAUUAUCAUCACACUAUGGCAUGAAAGUAUAUAACAGAUACGCUAAAUCCCAAAACCGUAGUCACAUGCUCAGGCUACUCAUGUCUGGUCACUACUUCACACAGAAGCCAAAAGGCAACUCUUACUGUUGAACUCUGUUGAAUGUUGAGAAUGGUUUCCGUGGCGAGUGUUAUUCUGGAUACUGUAUGAGAUUCAUCGUAUGCUUGCUGCUAGGGAAUGUGAGACUCUUAGAGCUGGCAAACAAUGACCAAUCAGAUACUGCACCUUUUUAAAGAGGUCAAGACAGCUCAGUCCAGCAGGUUUUAUUUUCAUAUUGGCAAUGUUAAGGAAACAAAAAAAAAACUGUGAGUCCUGGAAUCCUAUCAGUAGGACACCUCUACCCUGAGUGAAGAAAACAGGGGGUCACAGAUAAUGCAUCGCAUGUUUGUUUUUAAUUUAAUUUAGCAAAUAAGGUCAUGAGCCAAAGUUUGUGGGUUUUGUUUUGCUUAUAUUUUUAAUACAAUUUUUGUUUUAAUAUUAUUUUAAUUUAUACUAGGGACUGCUCUUUUCAAAGAUUGGAUGAUAGCAUGAUCAAGUUUUAAAAUAUGUGCCUUUUUUUACAGAAUUUUUUAUUUUUACCCUAAAAUAUAAACAGAUUUUUGGUAUUAUAGUUUGCUUUUAGCCAUCUGCAGUAAGCCUACAAUGUAAGUGGAUGUGCAUGAUACAGUAUAAGUAAUGUUAUGCUUGGUAACAAUAUUAAGUAAAAGAGAAAUAAUGAACAAAAAGAAGCAAGUGGAAUUAGAAGAAAAGUUUAUGGUAAACCCUAGAGAGGUAUGGUGUGUCACACUGUGAUAGGUCUCCUAUUUAAAGCUGUCCUGACAACAUUAAACCAUUAUCAUUUCGAUGUGGAAGGUAAUGUAGAGGAAGCUCUGCCGAUUGUUGACGUUAUGUCUUAAGAGAAAUGUAGUCUUGAAAUUGGUCUUGAGGUGUUUUUUCAAAGGAAGCGACACAGUGAUAGUGUGGGGUGUUUAUAUUCUAUUUGUCGUCCCAUCUAUGUGGAUUAACCCAGGGUUGUAAUCUUUAGAACAAAUGAAUGAAAACAUGAAAUGUUCACAUCUCUUUAGGUCCAGAGACAAUACAUGUUGUUUGACAGCUCAGUUUACUAGUUCUGACAUGAGGGAAGUAGUUUUAUCUCUCCAGUGCCUGUCACUUCUGUCUAAGCUAUAACAUACAGCGUUUCAUUUCUAAAGCUAAACAGAGUGCUUGAAAGCACUGGUCAACAGACAAAUGUUUUUAUCACAAACCAAACAAAUAUGCCUAUUAAUAUGGUUAAUAAUGUUCAAAAAUAAGCUAGGCCAAACAAAUGCUUUUUAGCUUCUGUUUGAAUACCUUCUAGUUGUUGCACUCCUCAUAUGCUCGUGAAAGGGAUUCUUGUUAAGAUGAAAAGAGGUCCUAAACUUUUUUAUCCAGCACUGCUUGCUUUACGGUUCAUUACUCAGCCUUCUGAUAAUUUGCCCUGACUGUCUUUACGAGCUGUUUGUAUAAUGAUAAGAAUAGACUAAAUGAAUAGUGUAGUAGUGUUGUUUUAAUUGAAAAAUAACAUGAUUUUUCAUAUACUAUACAAGCAGCCUCUGUCUAUCUGCAGCUUAUCCUGAGGGGUUGUUUAAAAAGAACUACAGCUGGAUUGUUGGCAGCGUUUUACGUGAAAUUACAGUAUAUCUAGUGGGGAGGAAGUAAUAUAUAUAUAUAUAUAUAUAUAUAUAUAUAUAUAUAUAUAUAUAUAUAUAUAUAUAUAUAUAUAUAUAUAUAUGCGCAGAUAUGGCCUAAAAUUUUACAUCACCCUGUACAAUUAACCAAUGUGAUUUUAACAUAUUGAAUUACAUACCACUUUGCAUAUUGAAAAAUAUGACAUUGUGAAAAUAUUGUACUACUAUUAUGGCUUCUGGUAGACUUUUACAAUUUAAUUUUGUAGUUUGUUUGAUUACAGGAUGUUAAAAACAACUUUUAGCCAUUGAUGUAUGUACUGCAGUAUAUGUUACUUAAAUUUUGCCUAGAUCUUGAGAAAUCUAAAUGGGUCAUUUAUCAGAAAUCCAGUUGAUGGCUGUUGUUCUCUAGCUUUGGUGAUUCACUAUUGUUUUGCUUUGUUGUUGUUGUUGUUGUUGUUGUUGUUGUUGUUGUUGUUGUUGUUGUUGUUGUUGUUGUUGUUGUUGUUGUUGUUGUUGUUGUUGUUGUUGCUUUUUGUAUCUCGCAGGGUUUGCACCACCAUCUGUAUCCAUUUUCCUCAAUGUUUCCCAUUCAUAGAUGUGGCCAUACUACCAGGUGCUCCUCUUGUACUUCUCAUACCGAAGCAGGACUAAUCGGCCAGAUCAAUUUUUUGCAGAGAAAGAGCUCUUCUGUGCAACACAUUUCACGCUGUGAAGUUGAUAAUACACAUUCAGUAAAUAAAAAGUAUAGCAGCUGUAUAUCAACAAAGGCAUCCUGACAUUAGAUGCAUGUUAAAAUCUGGAAGAAAUAAAUAGUUAUACUGUUCAAAAUGAUAAAGUAGCUGUAUGGUAAAUAAAACUAAGACUUGGUGGUAUGUGUAUUGAGCAGCAGUACAAUCUUGUUAUAUUACUGUGCUAAAUGUUUAAAUAAAAGCAACAUUGGAAAAUGGAAAUAAGUGGAGGUGUAAGACUCACCAUAACCACCUCAAAAAAGUGUAUAUAUUGUGUAAUUAAACCUUCAGUUUUAAUUAAUAGUUUAUAUUUUAUUUUUGGAUGCUUAAGAAAAAAAAAAUGGUAACAAAUAUCACAUUAGAAAAUGAUUGACUUAUGUAAUUCUGUGAUACGUCAAAGAAGUGUGGUUCACAAUAUUCAUUUUUGGAAAUGUAAAAAAAAAAUAUCUAUGAAUCUCUAAGCCUAGUUGCACAAUGUUAAUUUAUAUAAGGUACAUAUGUAAAUAUGUGUAUAUGCAAUAUAUGAUAGAGUUUUUUCUAAGUAAUAAUACUCAGGCAGAUGCACGCAUCUAAUGUGAUGUAAUGCCUCUGAAUUUUACAAGAAUUUCUCAUUCCCAGCAAAGAAGCAGUUCCUGGGCUAUAGGCAGGUUUCUCAACAUCAACUGGUUUAAAAAAUAGUUGCUGGUGAUUGUUAAAAGUUGAGUUAGAGCCGUCAGAAGAUUGUAUUUUUUGGGCCCCUGGUUUGUAAAUGAUCUUAUUCUGGUAAGUCAAAGUGAGACUUCGGAUAGUUUCAAAAGGUUCACCUGUCAAAUGAGGACCUAGUUGAAUGGAGAAGUCUGUUUACCUUGACAGUAACGAAAUUAAAUUUACCUUUUACUUACCUAAAAAAAAAGGUUUCUUAUCACCAGGAGAGAACUCAAUUGACAAGUUUCAUGACGGACCUGUCUGCAGCAUUCCAAGUGUGAAGAGAAAUGACAGAAUCAUUUUCUGCAAAACCACAAGGUUUUUUUUUUUGGUUUUUUUUUAAUUGAUUGAAAAAAACAAUUCUUUGCAAAAAAAAAAAAAAAAAAGUUCUGCUUACUGCAGUUACAGUCCAGUGGUUUAUUCUAUACCUGAGAGAAACUGUUUUUUUUCUGUCUUGGUAUCAGCAAUACAUAUGAGGAUUCAAACUCUUUGAGAAACAGUUGCUUUUAUAAAAUUGAAAUUGGUUUAAAGAAGGUAGUGCACAUAAGGCAAUUAUUUAGCUUUGUAACUGCCCUUCCAAACUAGUCUGAUUUUUUUGUACAUUUAUUAGGAUGCUGAGCUGGCAAGCGCAAGGUACCAAGUUUGCACCCCAGUAAUCCCAGUUACUCCAGUCUCAGCUUGUCCACAGGGUUAUCUCACCCUGUCAAUCCCCACGUGUGUUUUUGGAAUGUUCGCCACACCACUUCAAUAUAAACCUUAAUAGUAGCUCAUAAGGUACAUUUUAAUUGUAUCACAAAUUUAAAUGGGGAGUAAAUAGUGGUAAUUGGUCUCUAUAUAUGUCACGGCUUAUUAGCCAUUUGAUAACCUCAGUGAGUUUAGAAAUCAAAUAUAAUACUACCGCUUAUCAAACAUGAAACUGGUGUAAAAAAACAAGGCACUUACUUGCUCAUUAAAGUAAUGCCAACUGCACAUCCAGCAACUGGCAUUGUGCUGGUAAUAUCUAAUCUGCCCACUCAGUAAUCUUUGCCCAGACAUGAAAGUUGAUUGCAUUAUUCUGGCUGUUGUGCUUAUCUUGUGCAAAACCACUGUAAUUAGCAACUGCAGCUCAAAGACAAAAAUAAAUCUAAAAACAAAUGUUGGUGAUCCAGCCAUUAUAUAUAUAUAUAUAUAUAUAUAUAUAUAUAUAUAUAGAGAGAGAGAGAGAGAGAGAGAGAGAGAGAGAGAGAGAGAGAGAGAGAGAGAGAGAGAGAGAGAGAGAGAUAGUAGUGCUUAAUGCCAGGCAUUUUAAAACAGCUUUCUUCCAGGCCCUCAAUUUUUAAGCAAGUAGAAAACACCUGUUCAAAAUCAGUAAGAAAAAUGUAAAAGAAUAGUUAAAAAGCACUUCAAAAUGUCUGAUCCGUUCAUUUCAACUUAAACAGCUGUUGUUCUCCAAUUACUCAUCAACUGUAUUUCAUGUAAUUGCUUAAAUCCCCUCCUUAAUAUUUCUGUAAAAAAUAAAUAAAGCAUUGGACUUACAAUGUACUAAGUGUAAAAAUGGUUUGUGCUGAAUGGCUAAUCUGCUGGCUGUAAUCUUUGCUAGUGCCCUGCUAUUAGUUUCUACCUCCACGGUAUACUGUUUUCACACAUUUACUGUACAUGCUCCAAUUAGUCCGCUAUUAAUUUAGGACGAAGAUAACGAUAAGAACACAUAUUGCAAGUUUAACCUAGGAAUGAGUGAUAGUACUACAAUCGCAAACAUGGCAUUUGGCGUAGGAUCUUAUCACCUGAAGCAUAACAGUGACGCCCUACAGCAGAGUUUGAGGAGGUGGGGGUAGGGGAGAAUGCAGAAAUAACAAAACAUCAAAAUGUAGUAGAAUCUAGUUACUCUGGCUGUCUGAAAACCCCAGUACUUAUAUCAUAUUAGCAGUAAUGCUCAACACAGCCUUCAGCUUGGGACUCCUAACUCCAACUACAGUGAGUUAUCUAGCAGUGGUGCCUGCUGCCUCAUGUAUUACAGUGCUCCCCCUUUAUAAGGUGGCCCUUUAUACUGCGGAACAGGUUAUAAGGCGGUACGGUCAUGGCUCCCAUUUGCCCCAUAAUGCCAUUACACUAACACUAGUAUUCUCAUUAAAAGGAAGAACACAAAUAGCACAGUCUCUUAACUAUGGCUCCUGACUACAGCGUUGUAACGGGGAGCACUGUAUUAUACAAAUGAUCGUCACACGGUUUCGUUUACUAUCUGAGAACCUGCUGGUAUCAAUAUUGACAGACAAAACAUUUUCUUUUGCAGCCACUUGAUCCAGAACCUUGUCUUUGGAUCGGAUCUGAUCCAUCUGAAUGUAUAAUUUGUGAUUUUUUUUCUUCUUUAAUGUGCCACUCUUUCUACCCGAUAAAGGGGAAGUUUAGCAUUUCCAAAGAUCUGUUUUCUAUUGUUUAAAAAGAGAUAACUGAAUGUGACACCUUGCUAAAUCACUAGCCUUUUAUAUAUUUUGCCUCUUGAAUCUCACUGAAUCCAAAUUGGCCAGAUACAUUUAGUGGUCUCAGCAUAGCCCUAAGUGAACAUUAGACCACAAAAACACUAUAAAAUUUGACAAUCGCAAACGCUGUGCCACAAAUAAUCUCACAGAGCUAUGAGGGGCAGCUCAUGGGGUCAUCAGGGCUAAAUUAGAAAUAUGUACAGUAUUUUUCAUUAAAUAUUUAGAAAUAAACUAUAUAUAUUAUAUAUUAAGUCCCUUAUUGAGAUGAGAGAAACAUUAUAUUUUUAUCAUUAUCAAUAUUACUUUUAUUUCAAUUUUAGCAUUAAACAUUUUAUUGUACCGAGAAGAGCCCAGUAUUCAUGACAGUGGAAAUGUUAAACUGCCUCAUUUUUAAAUUUCUCAUUUUGAAAUGAGUUCUUGCCCUGACUGCAGUCUCUGGCUGUCGCGUACAGUGAGUUGUACUGAACAGAUUCCAUAUACUUCUUGUUCCUGUUGUUUCAAAUGUACCUCAUGUUUGUAAUAUGUGAAAUGAUACAUUGUUUGUGUUUUGUUUGCCAUUAAAGAUAUUUUAAAAG